UGCAGAUGCAGGAGACCCGCUGAUACGCAGAUUAGACAAGGAGAGGGGUGUCCGAGAGUACAGAACAUAAUAGUACAUGUAGUAACACUAUGACCAGUUACUGACAUCACAUUUACAUUGCAUGUAUCCGUUAACAACUAAUCACCGCUAGUUCACAUAUUCCAGGGCGGAAUUCUCAGACUGGCUCCCUCAGAGUUUAUGCAUUUGCAGCACGUUUGCACAGCCCAGCGACCAGCACGGGAGACGGACGAUGAGGACAGCGGUCUUGUUCGUUCUGUGCGUUUGGAUGUUUUCGCCUGGUUUGUCCAGAGGAGCUGGUUUUAUAUACAAGUUUCCAGGGGUGACAGUGCAGCGCAUCAACUCUGAACAAAACGCAGGACUCCCCGCGAGCGCGAGCGCAUACCGCAGGAACUGGUGCCAGUACACCGUGUCAAAAACAGUGUCCUGCCAGGUGCACAAUGGGACGGAGACACAGCUGCAGAGGGUGUUCCAGAGCUGCCGCUGGCCUGGACCAUGCACCAACCUCAUCAGUUACAGGACUGUGGUCCGGCCCACCUACAGGGUGACGUAUCGGCAGGUGACGGCGCUGGAGUGGAGGUGCUGCCCGGGGUUCCUGGGGGCGGACUGCAGUGUGGAGUGUAUGAACUGCACUGGCUAUGCUGACAUGAAUGACAGGCUGAGUACCAUCGAGUCCAAGAUUAUGUUGCUGGAAGCGGCAGGGCCGCCCCCUCCCUCGGUCCCCAACCUGCCGGAGAGGUCAACGGACAACGAGGUGGACACGCCCAAACCCACUCCCAUAGGUCCCCCAGGCAUAGGGCUACCAGGAGUUAGAGGACCCCCGGGGCCAGUCGGGCCCCCUGGCAUUCCCGGGUCAGCCGGACCCCCGGGACCCCAUGGAGAGAUGGGCCCCAUAGGAAGCCCUGGCCCUAUGGGCCCCAGAGGGCCACAGGGACAGAGAGGGUUCCCUGGAGAAACAGGGCUGCCAGGGCCUCCAGGGCCGCCAGGGCCCCCCUCUCCCUUCACCCUCAGGGGGGAUGUCUUCGGGCUGACUACCAAGGAGCACGGUGUGGAGGAGCUUCUAAACCAGAAGGCCUUACCUGGGCCCCCAGGCCCUGCUGGACCCCCUGGCCCUCCAGGACCAGCGGGGCCCCCGGGUUAUCCAGGUUCUCCGGGGAGAAAUGUGAAAAGAGGUGACUCAGGGAAGCUCGGGGCCCCAGGGCCUAAAGGAGACCCUGGUGAAAGGGGGCCACCGGGAUUCACAGGAGAACGAGGCCAGCCGGGUGCACCAGGGCCCAAGGGUGAGCCAGGAGACAGCCUUGCAGAGGGUGAAGGGGUGCAGCAGCUGAGGGAGGCCCUGAAGAUUCUGGCUGAGAGGGUUCUCAUUCUGGAACACAUGAUUGGCAUUCAUGAAAACCCACUGGAGCCGGGCUCUGGACUAGACAUCCUCUCAGACAUCAUCCCCCUGCCUGCCGUGAACAAUAAACAGGCAGGGCGUAGUGCACUCCUCUCAUCCCUUCUCCUGGGGGACCGCAGUCUGAUUGGAAGGAACCGAGAUAAGAGACGUCCCAAUUAACCAAUGAAGUUGAAGCCAGGGUGUCUGAGCUGCCAGUGGGUAGAGGCUAAUGCUCAGGGUGCUGUUGAGACUUGGGUGAGAGAGGUGGCAAAGGCAGGGCAGUCUUUUUCUUUAUUGAAGAUUAGUAUUCCUCAGUCCGUUCAGCAAGAUGACAUCUGGUGAUAUCCAGGUUUCCAUAGAAGUUUUGCCCUGCCAUACGAUUUUUGAAUAUUUUAAGAAGCCAUUUAUUCAUGGUAUUUUCUUGAUGUUCAUUUUUUUUUUAAACUGUGCAACCUGCUUUUCCAACAUAGCCAUUCACUUACAGGUCAUACACUUUCUCUUAGUUUGGUGCAGGUAUUGGCCCAGCUGGUGCCGACUUAAAUUUUUUCAGAAUGCUUUAGAAGAAACUGCAGUUAUUGAGUCCCUAUAGGUAGGUUUGCAUAAAAUAAGGUAAUAAGCAGAACCUCCUGUUACAUGAGAGACUUCCCAUGAUGCCCCAGGUGAGACUCCCCGUGCCGCUCGGUGCUGAGGGCCAGAAAUAUGCAUUGUGCCUCCUCCCCCUGGGAGCUUAAAGUUCCCGUCAAAUCAGUAGUAGCACUGUGGGAAAAGAAGACCAGAAAAAAAUUGAUUCUUCUGUGUGCACCACAAGACAGACUUUUGUCAGUAUUUCAUGUGCGUCAAAAAUGCAGGACAUUUUUAAAGUGGACAAGAGAUCCACAGAUGCAUGUUUGUGAGCCAGCAGUCGGCUCCACAUUAUCAUUUCUCUAUGAAAAUCCCGUCAAUCUAGAAAUUAUACAAGCAAGUGAUGAGUUAAUUUCCUCUGCACAUCCUCUGUAGAAGUCCUCCCUUCAUACCACUCCCUAAUUCUGUACAUGUCGCCCAUGAGACAGCAGCAGUAUGCAGAUUAAAAGUUGAAGUUGAAGUUGUGUAUGAAAUUAAAUGUAAGGGCAGGAUUUGACCCAACCAAUAGUUUCUGAUGAUUUUCUUUUCUCGGUUGUCU